CACAGACUUUGUCUGAUUAAUUCUAGGGUUUUCUUUGUAAGAUUUGCUCUGAAAUAUUUUCAGUUUCAAUCAAGAACUUUGUUCUAUUAUAUAUACCCUCUUAUUUUUAUUAUCGUAUAGUUCAUUUUCGAGUCAAUCGAUAUUUAUUCUUCUAGCGCUGACACCAUGACCAAAACAGCAGCAACAACACCACCGCCAUGGCGCCACCACCUAUGUGGUUUGUUUUUCUCACUGUUGAUUGAUAGUAUAAGUGUUUCUUAGUAAAAUCGGUGAGAUAAUGAUGGAUUUCUAAGAUUAAUGUUCUCACAAACCGAGUUUCUCUAGGAAUUACAAAAAUAGAUCGAUUGGUGAUCAAUUCCAAUCAGUUAUUUCCUCUCUGCUGCAGACAGUUACCGACGAAGCUGAUUGAUUUCUACCUUCUUUGUUUAACAGUUUGGUAUAAAUUUUGAUCAUGAAGAAGAGGAAUAAAAUCUGAUUUGAUUGGUGGUUUAUCAAAUUGGGGAUGACUUAAUAGGAAGAUAUUUUUACUGAUAUUGAAUCUUGGCUUAAAUUUGAUAAGGGAGGGAGAUAUAAAAUAGCUUUGAAUUCAACAUAGCUUGCAUUCCCAUGGUUAAAUCCACGUACAACAGUUGUUAGGAAAGAUCCGUGAGACUAGUGUUGCAUCAAGUUAACUUGCCGUUAGUCAUGGAUUUCAUCCCUCUCUUUUCCUCUCCAUUUUCUUUGUUUUUAAUUUUCUAGGGAAUCUUUAUUUACGGAUAAAUGUUGUACAACGAGACUAUUGAGAGGUAAGUUACAGGGAGGUUUAUCAAUGGUUUAUUGUUUAAAAGCGGAGGAAAUGGGGGAAAAUUUGAUAAACCCCAUCAUGAUUUCAUUUGUGCUCAUUCUUUUUCAGGCAUCAUAAACAACAUGGAAAUGGAAGGUUUUUACAGUGGCUACAAGAUAAACAGAUGGGCCCCUAGUGUUUCUCACAUUAUGUUUGCUGAUGAUAUCAUGUUGUUUGGGAAUACAGAUACCAGAACCAUCAAAUCCAUAUCUACUGUGCUACAUCAAUACUACAAUGUCUCUGGGCAGCUAGUAAACUAUUCAAAAUCUUCCAUACACUUCAGUAAAAUUGUUCCUGACACUUAUGUAGAUGAAAUAAUCCAAGAACUGGGAGUCAAAAGAAUGGCAAAAGAAGAAAAGUACCUGGGUGUGAAGAUACUUCAACAAGGCAACAGGGUGUCUAAUUACAAUUUUCUUAUAGAGAAGUUUGAUGCAGCUCUGGCAGGGAGGAGAAAACAUAAUCUUUCUCAUGCAGGAAGAACAGUUCUUGUCCAAUCUGUUCUAGCCCUUAUUCCCAUCUUUUACAUAUCAACCACUAUGCUUCCUAAAACUAUGCUCAACAAGCUAACUCAGAUUAUUUGAGAUUUUUGGUGGGGUCAUACUAGAGACAAGAGGAAGAUGCAUUUCUUGAAGUGGGAGUGGUUUAAUCUUCACAAGGAAAAAGGUGGCUUGGGAUUGAGAAGUCUAUAUGAGCUCAACUUAGAACUGGUGGCUAAAUUAUCCUGGAGAUUUCUUCAUGAACAGGAUGCAUUAUGGGCUCAAAUCAUGAGAGAAAAAUACCUAAGAGAAGGCUCUUUCUGGGAAGUAAAGAAAACAACAAACUGUUCUACCACUUGGGCAGCUAUGCUUGACAGUAGAAAAGAUCUGAAGAAUGGUUGUCUUUGGAUGGUUGGUAAUGGAAAAUCCAUAAACAUAUUUAGUGAUCCAUGGAUUCCCUCUAUACAAUAAAAUAUCCCAGCUAACUCAGGGGAGAGUAAUGUAGAACUCAAAAACGUUAAUGAUCUCAUUGAUGCCACUACAGGUCAUUGGGAUGCAAAAUGUUCUGCAACAAUUUGAAGACCCCUUCAGAAGCAAUCAAAUCAAAUCCAUCUCCCCUAAUCUUAUAACUGGUGAUAGACUGAUAUGGAAGUUUACUACUAAUGGGCAAUUUUACUCCCCAAUCUUUUCAGAAAAUGCUCUAUGAACAACAAGGUGAGUCUUAUUCUACAGGAGGAAAUCUCUUUCCAUGGAAGAAAUUCUGGGGUUUUAAGAAAAUAACACCUAAAAUAAAAUUAUUUAUUUUGAGAGCCUUGCACAACGGCCUUGCUGUUUCAAAGAAGAUAGGAAGAAUACUAGAUUGAGUGCCCACAAGUUGUGAUAUCUGCAACAAUGAAGAUGAAAUGUAGAGCACCUAUUAAUUCACUGCGAGUUUGCCAGAGUAGUGUGGUUCGCUGCUCCCCGGGGCUUCAGAUUUCAACACAACAAUCAGAUGUCUCUAAUGGAUCUAAUAAACUUUUCUUCAGAUGCAAUGAUAAAGACUCGACUACUACUCUAGGUAUGUCCAUUUGCUGGGCAAUCUGGAAAGCACGCAAUGCUAAGGUCUUUGAAAACAAGGGUGUCUCUAUCCAGGGGGUCUUGGCCACAACAUCACACUGGUACAACCUCUACUUCAACUUCAUAGAGGCAGAGGAAGCUCUAGAAGUGAAUACUAAUCAGGAGAACCCUACAACUGAGGCCAACAAUAUCUGGAGAGCUCCAGAUUAUCCUAAGGUUAAAAUUAAUGUGGAUGCUGCUUGGAAAGAUGGUGCGUAUGCAUGCGCGGCUUUAGCGAGAGACAGUAACGGUAAUUGGUGCGGAGUUGGAACCAAAGCAGGAAGAUCAAACUCAGUGGUCUCUGCCGAAGCUGAAGGUUUCAAACUUGCAACUGAAUUGGCAGUAUGGCUAAAUUUGGGAAACGUCAUUAUUGAGGAUGAUAGCCAAGUCGUGGUAAACAGUCUCAAGGGAGUUUUAAGGAAGAUUCCUUGGAGGAUAUGGAGAUUGAAGGAUGAUAUCAUUUCUAGAAUGAGUACUCUAAAUGGCUCUGGAGCAUACAAGUAUGUGCCAAAACCGGCUAACUCAGCUGCUCACUCUUUAGCAGCUUAUGCUCUUUCGAACAACGUCCACGUGUGUGGACUAGCUCUAAUUUCCCUCCUAGCAUUGUCAGCCUCCGGGAUAUAAACAAUGGCUAGUUUUUCUGUUUUCUCUUUUCUUAUACCAAAAUAAAUAAAUAAUAAAAAUCAAUGCUGGGUUUGCUGGUUUAUGAUUGCUACAAUUGAA